AGUUGACAGUACAUGAUGAUGAGAAAUAUACUGCACAGAUGAUGCUGCUAUCUACAUUUUUUAUGGCGUCUGUACGUUGACUGCUUUCCGCAACAUAACCUGCUACACCAGUUUUAAAUUUGUGUUGUUGUAUAUUUUAAUUAUUUCUGUUUUAUAAUUGCGACAAGAAACUCACAAUCAUAUGAUAUUCACCAAAACAUAACUAGAACAUCGUGAUUGCGAAAUCUGCAACGGUAGUCUAUUACGCUGUACAUUUUCAUUCAUAAUUACUGCAUUAUCUGGGUUUUCGCUGAAAUUUCUGAUUGAUAAAAUACUGUAAAAUGAAUAUAGUGUGUGUGAUAUGUAGUGAUUUACUGGUACCGUCCGAUGAUAUUUUUAAUACACCAUGUGGUCACAUUUUCCACUUUACAUGCUUAUUACAAUGGCUUGAAAGGUCACAGACUUGUCCACAAUGUCGUGAAAGAACAACAAAACAUAAGAUACAUAGAAUAUAUUUUAAUUUUCCCAACAAUGACAGUUUUGUGGAAGAUGCCACAUCUUUACAGAAUAAACUUGAUAACGUAACUUUUCAAUUAAAGUUGAAGGACAAUGUAAUCAAUAAUCUUACAGAGAAUAAACAAGAAUUAGAAAAACAGACAAGUGGUUUAAGACAAGAAGUAAAAAAUGUUGAAAGGGAAUUAAAGAGCAAGGAUGCUGCAAUUCGUGCUCUUCAAACACAGAUCAAAUUUUUUAAACAGCAAUGUGCAGAGCUAGAUGAAUGUAGGAAAGAUUAUGAACAACUAAAGGAAAAAGUUGAGAAUUUACAGAAUUUGCAAGUUAUAUUGGAGGGAUCUGAAAGCGAAGUGGAUGAAAUAAUAGCCAGAACACCUGAUCAUACCAAGCUUGUAACAUAUAUUGGAGUAUUAAAAAGAGAGACAACAGUUAAUUUUAACAAGAGGAGGAAGCUUGAAUUAAGGAUUAGGUCCUUAGAGCAAAAAUUAAUGGAAUCUAAUAGGAAGUGCAAAGUUUUAGAAGAAGAACAUAUGAAACAAAAGGAAUUGGAAACACAAUUAAAUAUCUGCAUAACUGAGAAGAUAUCGCUACAAAAUCAACUUCUUGAUAAACAAGCAAAUAUGCAUUGUGUUUGUAAUAAUAUAUGUGUAGAGAAUCAAAAUUAUUUGAGAAGUAACUUUGAAAAGUAUGGAAAGACUUUUGGCAAAGAGGAUAUAGUUAAAGCUAUAAAGCUUCAGGACAGUCUAAAUUCGAAAAAAGAUAAUAAUUGCAUUAUUAUUGAACCAGAUAAUAAUGAUAAAAAAUCAAGACAAGAGGACGAGAGUAACGAGUGUUUGAGGCUAGGGGAUAGUCUAAAAAGAAUAAGUUCAGAUCUUAAAAAAGAUGAUAAUUGUAUUAUUAUGAAACCCGGUAGUAAUGAAAAUACUCCACAAAAUAUGAAAUCAAAGGGUUUUUUUUCAUUGAGUGAUUGUGGUAAUGGAGCAUUGAAAAGGACUUAUACCAAUUUAAAAAUACCUCCAAUACUUGCGAAAAAGUCGAAAUUUAGUCAACCAAAUCAAAAAACUGUUUUAGAAAAUUGCAAUGGUAUGACUUUUGAUGGCUUUGGGGGACAUUCAAGGGCUGAUAUAUUUCCUAUUCCAAAGCUUGGUCAUUCUACUAGUUCGAGUUUGAGCUCGUACGCACAGAAAAUUAAGAUGGACAGGAAGAUGAGAAAAUCGAAACUUGAUACAGGUGAUAAUCAGAAGCUUAGUGAUAUACUUCUGCCGGCUUGUCAAAACAGACAAUAAAAAUUAUAAUGUGUAUAAAGCUUAAGCAAUUUUUAUAUUAUGAAUAAAUUGAUUAUUUGAAAAAUA